UGAAAAUCCAAAUCGGGUUUGACAGUGCGGAUAUUGCGUUGUGGAACGAGAUUCGGGGUUCUUCCAUGGAUAGUGGAUCUUCCGCUCCAGGCGCCACGAAAUUUGCCAAGUUAUUGGAAACCUUCCGUCUUGCCUUAGAGUCGACUUUGGAUUCCGCGAUCUCGGGGAAAACCAUUGUCCUCGGGGGGCCAGACUUGGUGUCCGGGUUUUUCAAUUCGAAUAGUGAAAUAACCGUGAGUUUCCCCGUGUCUGCUGGUUCGGAAUCAGUUUCGGAUAACCAGAUCGUGACGAAAGUUCUUGAAACUUUGACGAACUGCGACAAUGGAUCCACUUUCUUGAAGACCAUAUGCAUUGCAAAUGUGUCUGAGUCUGGAAACUUGUGAUGCAAGGAAGGGAAUAGUUUGCAUAUUGGACUGCGCUGCCAAGCAUGACAAGUUUUUCCGUUGUUCUCAGUUGCGCAUUCCGCAUGAGAAACUCCAUUUUUUCAUGACAGUCAAGAGGAGCUCUUCGAGGCCACGCAAUACAGAGCUUAGAGUCAUGCCAGACUGGCAUGACAAAUAUCGCACUCUUCUGGACCCAGACAUUUUUGCAUUUGAUAAACCACCGUGAAAAACCAGUGGCAAACCAAUAUCGCAGCGGUUUCGGACAUCGCGGGCUUGACGCUAUCCUGAGCAAAAACAUCCCCACGCCAGAGUUGUCAUGCGAAUCUGCAUGCCUAAAAUUUCUCUCUUGCGGAGCCCCAUCAGACGCAUUCUCCAGUGGUGUGGUGAAAUUUUUGUAUCUCGAAUCAGCAUGAAGAGCUAGGUUUGUGAUGCUGCUGCACUAGCUAAACGGGACCCUAUUGCGAGCCCAAACUUGUCAUGCGCAGCAGAAAAAGCUUGUUGAUUUGUCUUGCAGAUUUCCCUUCUUCACUAUGGGUUGGGGAAGUUUUUGCACAGGAUAGACGCUCACUUCUGUGUCCCUCGCUGCUGAUCCGGUUCUCGCUGCGAGUAUGGCGGGGAG